GGUAUGCCAUCGCCGAUGCCGCGGAUUUGAUUGCUCAUAAGACUGUUGUCAGCUUUGCAGCUUAAUUGGAUCCAGUCCAUUUCUCGUAUCUCUUGAUUUAGUAGUAUGUCGAUCGCUGACUUGUCCGCUGCCCAGAAGCAAGAACUCGCGACCUCGGUCGCCGUCCUCCUCCUCACGGACGCCAAGGUCGACGUCUCGGCCGAGAACAUCGUCGCCGCCCUCGACGCCUCCAAGAACAAGGUCGCCGCCUACCUCCCGACGCUCUUCGCCGACGCCAUCGAGAAGGGCCUCAAGGUCGAGAAGCUCCUUGCCGGCCCGUCGGCGGGUGCCGCCUCGGCUGCCCCGGCUGCCGGUGGCGCCGCUGCCCCGGCCGCCGCUGCCAAGGUUGAAGAGAAGGAAGAAGAAGAGGCCGACCUCGGCGGUGGCAUGGACAUGUUCGGCGGUGGCUCGGACUACUAAGCACGCCAUCAUCAUCGAGACCAUCAACUCUUUGUGAACCGUCAAGAGAUGGGCACGGGCUUGGCUGGUAACAUAUCGUAAUAUAUACGCC